AUGAAUCAUCAAGACGAACCUGAAUUAAUGAUCGAUCCAAAGUUCCAGGAUGUUUAUCCAUGGGAAUUAACACCAACUGGCCCAUAUAUCGUCCUUACAAUCCAUUAUGUUGAAGGUUUCGAUCCAUCAAAAGUUACAAUGAAGGUCAGUGAUAAAAAGGAUGCCAUUUCUGUACGCUAUCCAGAACAGCCACCAAUUGUCGAAGGUAAGCUUUUCGGAGAAGUCAAAGAUGUCGUAAUGAAAAUUAAUGAAGAAGAGAAGCAAAUUACAAUUACAUUCUCUCUCAUUAAGGAACUCAUCCCAGAUCUCAUCUGUACAGAUAUGCACCCAGAAACCCAUAUGUUGGAUCCACUUUCAUCAUUCCUUAUCUUCAACAAGUAUUCUCAAUCGAAAGAUGAUAACCUUAAGAACGGAUGCUUCAAGUACCUUGAGUUCGGCAUAAAUGCAGGCUUCCUUCCAGCUUUAUUAACUGCAGCCGACAUUUUCGCUCGCAUCCCACAGCUUUCCAGCAAUGCCGUCGAAUUACUUAUUACAGCCGCUGACAAGUACAACGCUGCCCCAGCACAGCUCCAACUUGGUCUCAUGAUGAUGAAUCAGCCAAACUUCAAAGAGCGUUCUUUCCAAUACAUCGAACGCGCUGCCCAAGACAAGUCCAUCUCCAUUGCUUCCGUCAUCCUCGGCAUCAUGCUUUCCCCAAUUACUGACAUGGAAUCACCAAAGAAAGACGCAAAAAGAGCUGUCGAAAUUUUCAAUGAAGUCCUUGAGAAAGAACGCAAUCCAUUGGCCCUCCACGAACUCGCCAUGCUCUACUUCAAUGGUAUCGGCGUUGAGAAGGACGAAGAGAAGGCAAAGACACUCAACGAAGAAGCUUCAAAGCUCCAGAACGGUCAAAUCCCAGCUCUCGAAGUUCGUGACGAAACAUACGUUCCAAAGCCAAUGAUCGAUGACGGCUGCGGCUGUGGAUGUUGCCACUGCCAUGAUGAACCAGAUGAACAUGAUCAUUGUGGAUGUGGUUGCUGCCAUGAAGAGCCACACGAACAUGAUCAUUGUGGAUGUGGUUGCUGCCAUGAAGAGCCACACGAGCACGAUCAUUGUGGAUGUGGUUGCUGCCAUGAACAUGAAGAAGGAGGAAAGAAAGAAUGUGAUGGAAAAGGUGGUUGUGGAUGUGGAAACUGCCAUUGCCAUGACGGUGAGAAGAAGGAGUGCUGUGGUAAGUGUGAUGGAAAGGGUGGCUGUGGUGGUAACUGCCAUUGCCAUGAUCACAAUUAA